AGUGGCGUCGCGUUGAAUUGUGGGAAGCGCCGGCGUUAGUCGGAAGGGAGGAAAACGUGCUCGAGUUUCCGCGUGAUGUGAAGAUUUCACCUCUAAAUGCCACAGAAAUGGAGACUAAACGCGAACCAUACAAGCGGUACAUCUGCUCGUUUCCCGACUGCUCGGCCGCGUAUAACAAACAGUGGAAACUGGACGCUCACUUGUGUAAACACACGGGGGUGAAACCGUUCUCAUGCGAGCGCGACGGCUGCGCCAAGUCCUUCUGUAGCCAGUAUCACCUGGCGAGACACGAGCUCAGCCACAGCGGAGCGAAGCCCUUCCGAUGCACCGUGGACGGCUGCGAGGAGGCCUUCACCACCAACGCGAACCGAACCAGGCACAUGAGCCGCAUUCACACCCAGGAGCAGAAGAUGUACGCUUGCAAGUUUGACGGCUGCGGGCUCGAGUUCAGGAAGAACAAGCAGCUCAAGUCGCACAUGUGUGAGCAGCACACACAGCUGCCUACUUACCAGUGCACGUACGAGGGCUGCCAGAUGCGAUUCUCCUUCCCCAGCAAGCUGAAGCGACACGAGAAGGUGCACAGAGGGUAUCCCUGCAAGGAGGAGGACUGCAGCUUCUCGGGGAAGACUUGGACGGAGUACCUGAAGCACAGGAAGGAGGAGCACAGGCUCAGCUUGAGGUGCGAUCAGUGCAGCAAGGUGUUCAGGGACUCCUGGUUCCUGCAGCAGCAUCAGCGCGUCCACUCGGACGUGCGAGUGGUCCUCAGGUGCCCCAGGGAGGGCUGUGGCAGGUCCUUCACCACGCCUUUCAACCUGCAGAGCCACAUCAGCUCCUUCCACGAGGAGCAGCGGCCCUUCGCCUGCGCUCACGCCGGCUGCACCAAGUCCUUCGCCAUGAGGCAGAGCCUGCAGCGCCACAGCGUCGUCCACGACCCAGAGAGGAAGAAGCUGAAGAGGCCCGCGACCAAGCGAUCUCUUGCCUCCAGAUUAAGUGGCUUCGCCCAAACGAAGAGGGCGGUCAGAGAAAAGCCAGAGUCGAACACGCAGUCCGAGCAGGAGAAGACGGAGCAGCCGGGUCCCGUGGAGUUGGUGUCCCUCCUGCAGGACACGUCCCUGCUGUGCAGACCUUCUACGGACACGUGUGAACUCAUUAAUGCCCUGACUACACCUUUAACAGUGUAGCAUCAAAUGAAGGAAUCCAUGAUUCACACCAGCAGGCGCUUGAUCAGAGCAUUUGGGCUGUGUGAUCAUUUGUUACGUGGUUGUCAGAAAUUGCUUGCGUGAAGUCUAAAGACAUCUAAAUAAAAGUCAAGAAUUGUGAACGCUGAGGUUGACAUGGUAGGCAGAAACCCAAGACCACCGUCUGAGUGGAUUAUGUUUAUUUACAGAAUUUCUGUAACUGAAUUCAGAAUGAAGGAGUCGGCAUAAACACAGGGAAGAAGUGGGGCUACUGAACUGCCUUUCGUUGAUGAAGUGUUUCUUUGUAUUUAAGUUAUGUUUUGUGGAUAUCUUUGUGUUUUCAAAGCCAUUGAAUUCAUUAUAUUUAUGUAAUUUGUACUUAAGAAAAACAUAUAUUGUCCACUUUGGGAAAUCGAUAAGAGAAUGUAAGUUUUUGUUCAUAUUACGAAACAGUAUUUGAAUAAAUAAAACCUGUGUAAUGUA